AUGACUGACGAAGCACCCGAACAAGACUAUCCAGAAGUCCGAGAGAUCCUCGGUUCCGUAUGUAAUGAUCAAGAAGUAGCCAGUGCCCUGUAUGCUUUUCUAAUCUCUGGUAACAUUGGUACAGCUCGGGCUGUGGGUUCUCUCUCACCAGCUUUCAUAGCAGCCUCUCUCUCUAAUAUACCUGUUCCGGAGGGGAAAAAUCCAGCUCUCUGGAAGGGCACGAUUGCGUCUCUCCUGGCGGCCGCCAGAGAUGAGGCAGCUGACCAACUACUAGUCCAAGUAACCCGAGCUAAGAGGGACGUCAGUGAGUCCUCCACUCCGUUGCUUGGCAAAUCUACUGCUCAGAAGCGGCGGCAAUCUAAACUGCUGACCUCAUCUAUGAAGUUGUUGGCGACGAAGCUUGGUUGCAGCGGCCUACCGGCAAGUUUGGUCCCCCCGCAGAAAAUGUUCGACUGCUUAUGGUUGAAUAUGACCACGUUCGUCGACUUUAACAAGUUCAUGUCGCAGACAUCGGAGCUUUCGUCGAACGCGGCCGACGGCGUCCUUGGCAAGGACUCCUUGCUGAAGACUUGGAGGGCCGCCCAGUUUUAA